GCGUGGCCAAACAUGGACGCGCUAAGCAGCAGGUGUAGCACAGUGGCCUUCGUUGCGGCAGUGGUGGUGCCACUGCUGGUGGGAGAGGUGGCAGCCCUGAAGCUAUCCCGGACGGAGCCAGACGCACAGCCAGUUGCUGGGGCCACGCACCUCUAUCCCUGCUUCUCGGUCUAUCAAAUAGACCUCAAUGAGACGAGGCUCUUCACUCACAUCGGCUCCCCUGAGAGCGCGGACUGCGCGUACACGUUCGAAGCUCCAGAGGAGGCGUCUCUGGAACUAGAGGUGGGCAACAUCGCGGCGGCGCCCUCUGGAGGUUCGGCGUACAACUACGGCUACAGCUACUCGUGUGGGCCGCAGGCCGUCCGCAUCUUCGACUUCCGCCCGGACGGCGCACUCGUCGUCGCUGCUACGUGGUGCGGGUGGCCGGUGCAGGGGGCGGCGCUGAGCGUCCGCUCGUCGCGCAACCUGGCGGUGGUCACCUCCACCGUGGCCCGCGGCUCGUUCGACCUGCGGGUGUCCGCCGCCCCACUGCCUCAGGCCGGUAACACCACGGACCUCGUGCCGCCGCCGCCUCCGUCCACAGCCGCUUCCACCAGGGGAGACACUCCCAGCCCUCCGGCAGAGCAAGAACAACCCAGUGCUGCGCCGACCGCCGCUGCAGUGGAGGGGGUAGAAUCGGAGACGACCACCACGACAACCACCACGACUACAAGCACGACCACAGCUGAAGCCGUUAGCGUGCAGGACUCGCCUCCAGCCACCACAGCUGUGCCACCUCGAGCGCCGCCCGCCAGCCCACCAGAUGACAGUACCAGCAACGACGACCCAGAACAGUCUGCACCGCCUUCCACUGCUGCAGCUGUGGUGGAAACCAGUGAAGACUCGACGCAACCACCACCCCCACUACGGAGUGCUGCUUCUGCUCUCUAGCCCUGAUAACUCUCGUAACUGCACUGCACACUUUGUAACUCCCUCAGGAGUAGUGGAGAUAGGAGGUACAAAGAGUUGUAGGUAGGCAACUGUUCUCUCUUACCUCCUCCUUUUUCCUCUUCUUUGCUUUUCUGUUUACCAACAUGACAUCCCACAGGCAAUGAGUUUGUUAGAGACAGAGCAUGGCUCAGUUUGAGAAGAAUGAGAAACAACUUCUGUAGUACUCUUUGGCAGAAAUAAUCCCAGAGUAUGCCAGCAAUAGUGUCAAGCUUUUCCGAUCACCAGAACAGUUCUCCAUACCAGAGCUGACGCGCUCUUUGUUGGCAUGCAACUGCCUUCUAUCUGGGGUAGUAGUAACCUUGAGACCUGUACUGGGACCUCACAAUACUACAGACACAAACAGUCACAUUACUUUUAGUCAGGUUAUUGUUAAGGGAGACGCCACGAACAGUCGAAUAACACCUAAGGAUUCGCUACAGAAUCUUCUAUACACAACCAAUGUUCUGCUUUCAGUCCUCUUUCUUCAUUAACUCUGAAUUCUCUGGAAAUUUUGUAAUCAUCCUACGUAAGGAAUGUCAGCCCUUUGCCAGAAACUGUAAUAACUACUUUAGCAUGAUAGAAAAUGUUUUAGUAAAAUGUUUAAUAAAAAGUAAUUUAAAAGC